AUGAGUUGGAUGGAUAGCUGGUCAAGGCCUUCAAAGCAUCAGUCGGUUCCAGCACCCUUCUAUUUGCUCCCGGGUGGAGAAGCAACUCCUUACUGUCACUCAUGCGGCCGAGUAAUCAAUUCGCGGCGAACCGCGCAGACAUCAGCAAAGGACGACGCAAACACCAAGACCCCUGUCAAGUACUGCUCAGCCAGCUGCCGAGGCCGAAAGCCGGGGAAGAUUGACCGCGAGAUCGAGGCCGUGUUCUUGCGUUUCCUACAAGGCGAGGAAAAGCCAGCGUUGCUCGACGAGGGCAGCAGGCGGGCGCACAAGUCAAAGAAGGGGUCCGGUGGGAAGCGAGCCAAGGGCGACUCAAGACUGCUAAUAUCAUGCGACGACGUUGAGAAUUUCGUCUUUGGCGCAGCUGAUGGCGGGGACAGCACUGCUGGCUCUGGUUCUGAGGAUAAUCACGAGGGUGCAGGUGAUGCCGAUACUACCACGGGCGCCUUUGUCGGAGCAUCAUCUCCAGGAAAUCGAGAAAUUGCUAUAGAUUCUGGGACUCUUGUAGACCAAGGAGAGGAGGGAGAGCAUUAUAUAGACGGGGAUGUCCUAGCCCGCAUGUCUAUUCGCAGUGGAACACGCAUACGACCACCUCAGUCUACAUCGGAAGUCAACGGCAGUGUAGGUGGGGAGAAGGGCCGGGCAGAGAGGAUAGAUGAGACGGAUGAGAUGCUUGAGAAGCGCAGGCACGGCCAGAAGAAGGCACGGCAAAGGGAGAUGGUCAGGUGUGCCGCGAGACGCGCCGUGGUGUUUGGUCUCAUUGUUGGGGAACGUGAAGAGAGGAGGAAAUGUGAGGCUGUCAUGAACGGCAAGGUUUGUGAACCUUCAUUUGCGAAGGGUAGGUGGAGCAUUCGCUGGAGGGAGUGA